GCUACAGGCCUGACAGUGGAUGUUGGGGAUGCACUAGGUGAAAUUGAAACUGAUAAAGCAGUGGUUACCAUGGAGUCAACUGAUGGUGACAUAUUAGCUAAAGUCAUGGCACAGGAAGGCAGUGAAAGCAUGAGUUUGGGUACACCAACUGGCUUGCUGGUAGAGGAGGGGCAGGAAUGGAAACGGGUAGAAAUACCAAGUGUCAUUGGUGAGGCAGCCUCAUUUUCGGGACCACUGGCUACAACUCCUGUCCCCACCCCGUUAUCUUCAGUAGCCUCGCUACAUAAAGCAGAGCAGCAUCCUGAAAAACUGCAGUUUCGCUCAAGUCCUGCUGCCAGCGACAUUUUGGAGUCCCAUGGACUUGAUGUAAGCAGUUGUACGCCCUCAGAUCCUCGAGGGAUUUUCUCUAAAGAGGAUGCCCUUUCGCUUUUAGAGCAGAUACAGAAAGGAAAGCCCUUGGAAGGAAAACCAGUGGUGUCUUCUCUUCCUUCACAACAAAUUGAAGUGCCUUUAAUGCCAUCACCUGAUGGAAAACCAGUUUCUGCUGAGCAUUCUCCAGCUCCACCAGUUUCUGUGCCAGGACUGCCUCCUUCCACGGGCACAUUCACUGAGGUCCCUACUAGCAACAUUGGAAGAGUUAUUGCUAAGAGAUUAACAGAAUCAAAAUCUUCUGUCUCUCAUGCAUAUGCAACUGCUGAAUGUGACCUUGGUGCAGUUCUGAAACUAAGGCAGGAGCUGGCAAAAGAGAGGAUGGUCUCUGACUCUGGAUCAAAGAUGCAAGGUGUUUCCUUGAAGGAUGUUCCAGCUGGACUCGCACCCGGAACCACCUGCAAGCCAUAUACAUCUAGAGCAGCCAUAGCAGCGGUUAAGCAUCAUAGAGUCAAGCUUGAGCAAGAAGCUCAUGUAGAUUUUGCUAUGGCCAAGUCCAAAGUGGCCCCUGUGCAAACACCACCUAGAUUGGAGCUGCAUGCAACCCUGCUCACAGCUCAGCUGCUGGUUCCUGCAAUGCUCCAGCCUGCCAACUCUCCACUCCAGAAAGACAUUGUCGUGCCUGUUCCAGAGGGAGAUUACAUCAGCCAGAGGAAGCGGGUGCGAGGUCUGGCCUGA